AUGCAGCUUACGCGCCUGGUGACGAACCAGGUGGCACUAUGCCUGCUCUGUCUCUUCUUUCUGUCGGCGUUUAAGCCCACUUCCGCACUCCCGGGGGUCUUGAAAGGCAUUGGCGGCGACGCUUCCUCUAGCAGCCAUAAAAAAGGCCAUGGAAUCGGAGGUCUCUUCGGACACGGUAACUCCAAUAAUGGAAAGCCCGCAAAGAAGCCGCCUGGUCAGGGCCCCAAUGAUGGAAAGCCUCCUGGAAAGCCGCCUGGCCAGGGCCCCAGCGAUGGAAAACCUCCUGGAAAGCCGCCUGGUCAGGGCCCCAAUGAUGGAAAGCCUCCUGGAAAGCCGCCUGGCCAGGGCCCCAAUGACGGAAAACCUCCUGGAAAGCCGCCUGGCCAGGACCCCAAUGAUGGCAAGCCUCCUAACAAGCCCCCUGGCCCGCAUAGCACCAAUGAUGGCAAGUCCCCCAGCAAGCCGACUGUCUCGCAUACAACCAAUGACGGCGGGCCACCCCAGGCAGCCGCAACCGGGAACCCCAGCCCUAACCCGGCUUGCAAGAAGCCUGGCAAUAAGACACACCGCAACUCUCCUCGUGGAUCCAAGGACAAUUCUUCUCCUGUAUCUGAAUGCAGCGACGACGACGACCCGUUCAGCGACUCUAAUGAUAUUGAUCCCUUCUCCGAUAACCACGCGGUUGAGGACAUCAACGAGGUUAAUGACGGCCCAACUCUAGACAAGAAGCCAGGAAUAGGUGUAGAGUUUGAGUCCGGUCAGCUAUCGUUUAUCAACAAAGAGUGUAAUGCAAAGGACACCUUCUCCCUUAAGGGAAAAGACGUUAACGGCCGAGUGGGUGAUAGCUGGUCUCUAACUGUCGAUACCACCAGCAGCAAGAAGGGUCAUCUCCAGGGAGAGUAUAUCCUUAAUGGGAAGAAGCUCAAAAUUGGUACUGAAACAGCUCACAAGGCCGCGAAAGCCGCGGCCGAUGAUUUUCUCGUAAAGUGGAAACCCUUCAACGGGAUGAAGGAGAAGGAGGUCCCGAGCAUUACUAUCGUUGGCGCUCCAAAUGCAGAAUGCAGCGCUUGGAACCUGUCACAACCGAGGACCGAGGCUAUGUUUCCCUUAAUUGAGUGGCAGUACCAAGUGACCGUCCCAAUGCCACUAGGGGCAAUCCACAAUGUGUUUGAGAAGGCCCACCUCGGACAGGACACUCCCAUAUUGGCAAGAGGACGCCAUCCCUCAAAAAGUCGAAUGAUCUGGGUAAACAAGAACUUUUUCCAGGCCUCUCCCGAGGGCAACACGGGCGAGUCCAUAAGCCACGAAGCAAUGGCCUUUUUCUCGAUGAUUCUCUCGUACGCCAAGAACGUUCGGCAACGCAAGGGUCCAGAUUAUAGCCCUAAGAUGCUAUCACCAAUCAUGCCGCGCACAGACUUCGCCAACAUAUACCAAGACGUUAAGCCUGCCAUCAAGGGGAACCUCUAUAAACUAGUCUCAGUGCUUGCCUGCUACAAGAAUGGCGAUGAUGAUAAAGUCGAGCUCGACAGUAUACUGUGUGAUGGUGACGUUGAGAACCCCAAGCCCAAGGUUGAUAUUGAUAACUUGACCUUCGAAUUCCAGGGAGAGCACCCAGAGACUAAGAAGACAUCGGCAAAAGUUAAACUUCAGGAUUGGAUGGACCAGCUAGAGAAAGGCAAGGAUAUCCUGGCCGAAGCGGACAGGCUUAUUGAUGGACAGGUGGGAGGACUGAACUCGGCUCGUGAGGAAGUCUUUGGUGAUAGCAAGCGCUUGGUGCCCCUCUUCGAAUUCCGGGAUAUCGGGUCUGUCAAGGCCAGUCAGUUUGAGAAGACUGUCAAAGAUGUCGAGCAGGCUGUCAUUGAUUACCACAAGGCAUUCUAG